UUCAUCCCGCUGUGGAUGGACUCAACGACCUUCCUGUGCAGCUCAUUCCAGUGCUUAACCACCCCUUCUGCAAAGAAGUUCUCCUGAUAUCCAACCUAAACUUACCCUGGUGCAGCUUAAGAUUAUUCCCCCUCGUCCUGUCACCAGUGAGAAGAGACCAACCCCACUCUCGCUUGGCCACCUUCAGUUCAUGUUGGGCUUUCGUCUUUCCAAGUUUCUCCCUGCAUGAUCCUGACCACUUCUGUGUGCUCCCCCUGAGUCGCCUGUCCCUUCUUCUACAGGAAGCAAACUCUUCUUCUCUCCCGGAGCCUCAGCAAAAGUUCCCUGCUCUUCUCUCCAGCUCAUUUUACAGCACAGGGGAACAGCCUGCUCCUAGGCCUCUGAGACUGGGAAUACAGGAAAAUCUGUUCAGAGCAGCAGCUGUGGAGCAAGAUAAACAGCAUGAGAACCAAGGACACCUCUAGAAGAAGAAAGAACGGCUCACGGCUCUGAAUGGAUAAGCGCCUGCAUGAACGGUUGAAGAGUGCUUUGUAGAAUGCUCUGCUGGCAUGUAAAGCUGGAUGGGAAAUUGUAGGGUGGACGGGCAAGCUAGAAAAGAAAAUUUGUGAAGGUAUGCAAGUGAUGUGGGAACUUGUCGAUUUGGAUCGUUCAUAUCUGAGUCCGUGAAUCAGAUGCUGCAUAAGACUUCCUUCUUGAGGAGCAACCAGCCUUCCUGGACCCCCUUGCUCUUCAGGGCUGUAUCCCAAGGGACCCUCCCGACCGGUGUCCUGAACAAUUGAGAGCCUGACCCCCGCUCCUGGCUCCACCAAGAAUACCGAACUCUACCAUCUCGUGCUCACUCUGCCCUCGACAGCUCCCGACCUCCACAUCUCACACCAGUCCUCCUCUGCUUGUGAACAGCAGCUGCAGUGGGGCACCUCCCUGGUGGGCUCUCUUACCAGCUGCGCCAGGAGGCACACAUCUUCCACACACUCUAGAAACCUCCAGGACUGCUGCUUCUGCACUGUACUGUAUCUCCGGCAUAUAUCAGGGAAGUGGAAGUCCGCCAUGAGAACAGGGGCUGGCGAUUGCACGAUUUCUGCCAGCUGCUCCUAGAGCACCUCACCUGUUUCUUCUGGUCUGGAGGAAACCCCCACCAGGACGGCGGCAGUGUCGGCCCUCCCCCUGAUCUUUACCCACAGCCUGAUCAUUCCCAGCCCCAAGCUCAACAACACUGAAACACUAACAUAGAGAGCCAUGCCACCAUCCCUACUUCGUUGCCGAUCCAUUCCAAAGAGCUUAUAGCCCUCCACUGUAGCAGUACACAAGUGGGAGUGAUGGCAACUAAGUCAUAGUUUGCCUGCUGCACAACGGCUUCCGGCUCAUCCUGCUUCUAGCAGACGCUGUGUGCGCUGAUGCGGAUGCACUUCAGUUAAGACAUUGUCACCCCAACUCCAGCAUUCUUCCCUUUCAGACCUAAUGUAAAGCAAGCAUAAAGUACUCUCAGCAUCAGUGAUGACAUGCCUAGAGUACACUGUUGAGUUCAGGGCCCCUGACUACAAGAAAAACAUGGAGGUCCCGCAGUGUGCACGUGGAGGGGCAACGGGGCAGGAAAGGGUCUGGAACACAAGUCUCAAGAGGAGCGGCAGAACGAACUGGGGUUGUGCAGUCUAGAGGAGGCUCAGGGGGGGCCUCACCACGCCGUAUAACUCCCUGAAAGGAGGUUGUAGGGGGUAAGUUUAGGUUGGAUAUCAGGAAAACUUUGCAGAAAGGGUGGUUAAGCACUGGAAUGAGCUGCACAGGAAGGUGGUUGAGUCACCAUCACCACCACGUGUUUAAAAACCAUUUGGAUGUGGUGCUCGGGGACACGAUGUAGUGGAGGGUUGUUAGAGUUAGGGUAGCACGGUCAGGUUGCUGUUGGACUGGGUGAUCUUACAGAUCUUUUCCAGCCCGAGCGAUGCUAUGAUACUCUGAUUCCAUGAGGGGAUUGAGUGCACUCUCAGUAAGUUUGCAGGUGACACCAAGUUGGCAGGAGGUGGCGAUCUGCUCGGGGGUAGGAAGGCCCUUCAGAGGGAUGUGGACAGGCUGAUCGCUGGGCUGAGGCCAACGGGGUGAAGCUCCGGUGAGGCCACACCUCGAGUGCUGCGUUCAGUUUUGGGCCCCUCACUACAGGAAAGACGUGGAGACCCUGCAGCGUGUCCAGAGAAGGGCAACAAAGCAGGUGAGGGCUCUGGAGCGCAGGCCUUACGAGAAGCAGCUGAGGGAACUGAGAUUGCUUAGCCUGGAGGAGGCUCGGGGGAGACCUUGCCUGGUGCUCAGCUACCUGCUGGGUUAAACCACGUGUCUGCACACUGCACUCCCACAGCCACUUCAGGCUUCGAGAGCCAAAGUCAAAACAAGCCAUCUACUUAGGCCCUCAAAGCUGCAUUUGUGCCUCGAAAGAAUGGGAUGGGACCGAUAAAGGAGGUUUAGUGCCCUGAAGUAAGGCUCUGGGUCCUUCCAAGGUGGGCUGGAGCCCCCACAACGGCAGUUCGCACAGUGACAGGCAGCUUUUGCUCCUCAGCAGAGGCUCUGCACAUUCCAAAGUAGAAAUCUGACCUGCAGAGCAGACACUGCGGCUUUUCAGCAUGAGGAUUUGAACCCUGGGAAGGAGCGCUGGAUGCUGCCCAGAUGGCUGAGACCAUCCAUGGAGGCCUCGGGCCCCCAGCCUCGAUCCAUGCCACCAAAAAGGACGGCUCGCUCAGCACGCACGAGGCGGCGAGCCCUGCGCAGAGAUUAACAGGAGAGGUCGGAUUCUACACAGUAGAGGUUUUGAUCCCAUACCACAGUUUAGGAAACUUAAAUGAAGCAUUUGCACAAACAAAGGAGCACGGAACGGCCAUUGUGACACGCGGGGUGCGGAACAGAACCAAGGCUGCGGGGCUCAGGCCGAGCUCAGUGCGACCUGGUGAGGUUGUCACGCGGAGGACGAAGCCCAGCACUGAUGGGACAGAGACUCUGCAAGUGGUUUCAGUCAACUGCGGAGACGCAGGAGGCCGCCGGCUCGAGUGAGCCAGCAUGCGUGCUCUGCGGCCGAGUGGAUCAGCACUCGAGCAUCCUUGGGGAAAUGGAAGAGCACCGUGGAUUCUAUUUCCAUAAGUAUUGUGUGAUAUUUACCAAUGAUCUUUGUGAAAGUGUGGAAGACCGCACUGGCCUAUAUUUUUGGAUUAAAGACCUGAUACUCAAAUUGAGACAGGCAGAACAGACGCUCUGCUUUGUUUGUGGCCAGCGCGGGGCCACCAUCACCUGCGCAGAGCCGGGCUGCGACCGCAGCUUCCAUCUCCCCUGCGCUUCCAAGGGUGAAUGCGUCACCCAGUACUUUGGAGAGUACAGGUCCUUCUGCAUGGAGCAUUGCCCACAGCAGACAGCGGAAGCAGCACCGGCGCAGGACACGACCUGCAUCAUCUGCAUGGACCCCGUGGGGGACAGCGUGUCCUACAGCACCAUGGUGUGCCCAGCCUGCCGACACGCCUGGUUCCACCGGGCUUGCAUCCAGGUAGGAGCCCUCCCUCACCCCAUGAGCACGGCAGGUGAUCAGCAGCACCAGGCCUGGCUCACACUCACCCUUCUGUUUCUGCUGCAGGAACAGGCCUUGAGUGCCGGGUUUCCUUGCUUCCAAUGCCCCGUCUGCAGAGACAGAUACACGUUUAUUAUGGACAUGCGCCUUAUGGGGAUCCGAAUCCCAUUCAGACAACCAACAUGGGAAGACAACGAUGCCUACGCAUCACUACUGGAGAGGCACGGGAGCUGCGAUGCCAGCGUCUGCCUUUGCCCACAUGGCAGGGAGCAGGCAGAGGAAGAGGGGCCCUGGCAGCUGCUCCUCUGCAGCUCCUGUGCCGCACAAGGCACUCACCAGUGCUGCUCCAACUUGAGUCACAGCACAACCAGCUGGGAGUGCAACGCCUGUGCUGGAGAGGGCACCGCCUCCAGCACCAACUCAGGCCUUCCUGGCUGCCACACCACCAGCCAGGCACCAUCAGGGCCAGAUAACUCUUCCCCUGGGCCUGAGAGCAGCGGCCUGUCCAGCCAGCGCAGGUCAGACCGGAGGAGAAUCCGCCCGCGUGCACAGCAGGAUGAAGAUGAGCCGCGACGACACCGUGGGAGCAGCCGUAAUGCUGCCCCGACUGUUGGGAGCCGCACUCCAAACGCUGCCAGCCAGGAGACAUCAGCGUCCUCGAGGCGCAGACAGGGACAGCGGGCCCGGACAAGGAGCCGCUCUCCAUUGCAGCGCCGGGCCCCAGAUUCUCCAAGCCAGCCCCGAACACGCCGUGGGAGCAGGCAGGCACCAGCCUCAAGCGCUGAGAGCUGCACCCACACAAACUCAAGACGGGGAGCACCGCGGUCCUCAAGGGUUUCCAUGGCAGCUGAAAGAACACAGUCCAGGCAGACACAGCGAGCCAGGACUCGGAGCCGCUCCCCUCUGGACCAUCGGGCUGCAGAGACCAACAGCCAGCCCCAAAGACGCCGCAGGAGCCGGUCCAGGCGGUCAGGGCCAGCCCGGGGACGAAGCCGCUCCCGGGUUCCACGUCGGGCCCGGAACAUCAACCGCCGGCCCCACUGAUGCUGCAGGAGCAGCCGUGUACCAGCUCCAAUUGUUAUGUAAAGUCACCACAAUCCAUCAAUAAAAGUGACAGUUCCAUCAUGCCACUGUCAGUUUGGUUCUUCUCUGCCUUUCCCGAGGUGGGCAGCUUUAGGGGCUGCAACCACGGGCAUCUCUUCUCCCCAGCACCCAACCCACUCCUUCCUCCCCCCAGCCCGGUUCAGGCUGAGCUGGGUUCUGGCCCCGACUCCAGCAGGCGCAACGUUUCAACGCACAACGUGGCGGAGGCCAGGCUGGCAGCUGCAGCCCCGUUCUGGGGGUGUUUCUGCCAUCGUGGGGAUGCCGCUGUGUUUGGGACACGCGGGCAGCCCCACGGCAGCUGCCGGCUGUGGGUGGGCUGGGACCCAGGCUUUCCUCCUGCAUUCGGGCAGUGCCUCAGGUCUGCUGCCACUGCUCGUAAACUGUUUGGCAUUCUGGGUUCCAGUCCAAAAUUUCUCCUCUUCCUUUCACAGCUUCCUAUUCCGUGAUCCUCCAUCAGUCCACAGUUUGGUAUCCAUAAUCUACAGCGUCCUGCCGUCCCUAGGGAAGCCUGCAUUUCCCAUGUUGACUUUGGCUCUGCUAUUUGACAUACGGCCUCCUUGCCCUCAACUCCAGGCUUUCGGAGGAGGCUCAGGGGAGGCCUCACCACUCCCUAUAACUCCCUGAAGGGAGGCUGUAGUGAGGUGGUGAUCAGCCUCUGCUCCCAGGUAACAACGAUGGGACGAGAGGGAAUGGCCUCCAGUUGCACCAGGGGAGGUCCCCGUUUUAUCUUAGGAAGAACGUCUUUGCUGAACGAGCGGUCUGGCACUGGCACAGCUGCAUGGGGAGCUGUGGGAGUCAGCAUCCAUGAAGGUGUCCCAGAACCUUCCAACCACCUCUAAGAGAAAUCCCUGCUCUUGCAGACCAGCCCUGUUCAGCAGGCAGCUCUGCAGAGUGCCAGCCAGCCGUGCCCCCAUCCCGAGCCCUGCACAGAGGUGCGGGGCCCGCUGCGUAGGCCCUGAGCCUGCA